GCUAUUGCCGACAUGACCUCGUUGAACUGACCUUCAAAAUAAGUGUCUGCAGCUUAUCAACCAAGAGAAAACCUGUAAGAAAACGAACUAAAAUGGAAGGAAAACUUCGAAUGAGCCUGGCGUUUUUCGUUCUUCUGUCCGUUGCCAGUCAGCUUAAGGCCUCAACAUGUUAUCUCAGUGCUCAACGUUUGGAUGCCAAUCCGUAUGGGUCCAAUUUUUCCCUCUCAUCCCCUAACUACCCCUUUAACUACUACAACAACCAGGACUGCUCUUGGUACAUCGCUGCUCCUUACAGCAGCAUGCUCAUCAAACUCACAUUCUACGACUUCUAUCUGCAGUCUUCUACAUCGUGUACUCGAGACUAUAUCGAGAUUAGAGACGGUCGUUAUAGCAGCUCUACGUUUCUCAGUCGGUACUGUGGCUCGAAAAGACCUCCAACUAUUAUCUCAAAGGGUCGAUAUCUCUAUAUCAAGUUCCAUAGCAAUUACAUGUCUACCUACAGGGGAUUUAAACUGACAUACACUGCAGUUUCUCCAGUGACAAACGCCAAGGGUAAAUGUUCAUCGUUAUACUCCUUUGAAGCUAACAACAACAUACAAAUGACGUCUGAACAAGGCACCAUCAAAAGUCCAAACUAUCCAAUAUUCAACUACCCCAACAAUAUCCAGUGCACUUGGAAAAUAACCGUGCCGAGAGGCAAGACGAUCAAACUGACUAUCGACUACAUGAGCAUGGAGUCAUCUCUGUUCUGUACUGCAGAUUAUCUGCAAGUGCGGGAUGGAUAUUACUCGACCAGUACUAAGAAGGGUGAUUACUGUGGAAGCACGAGACUGACUAUCACCUCAUCAUCGCGGUAUCUGUGGGUCCGCUUCCGCUCUGAUCAUCAGUAUACCGCCAAGGGAUUCAGUCUGUCUUAUUCCACGCGGGAAGAAUCUAGCUCAACUGUUGGAACCAUUAUCGGUGUGUUGUCUUUUGCAUGAAGAAGAAUARAAAUCGUGGUGUAGUUGUACGAAACUCAGCUCCCCGCUCUACCGUAAACACCACCACUGUUAGCAUUGCUACUCAGCAAAGCCAAGGGGUAGUCAUCCCACCACCUCAAGGACCACCAACGUAUGGUCAACCUGAGCCGUAUCCACAGAAAGGACAGCAAUACCCAGGACCACCCCUCAUGGGACAGCCCAAUCCAUACCCAGGGCCACCCCCCAUGGGACAGCCCAAUCCAUACCCAGGGCCACCCUUCAUGGGACAGCCCAAUCCAUACCCAGGGCCACCCCCAAUGGCACCAGUACAACCCAAUCCAUACCCACCCCUCCCUCCAGUAGAAGUGAAUCUAAACCCACAGCCACCCCCACCAGGAUAUCCAAACUCAGGUGGUCCCCCUACAGUAUCUAUGUAAGAUUACAAGUCGUUGUACAUAUUCUUGAUAAAGUGUAUACCAUAUAUCCGUGAAAAGCCUCGUAAGAAAUUAAUGGCACAAAUUAGUAAGUUCAGUAGACCUCAGUAGACCGUAGACCUACAAAACUUUGCACAAAUCUGUACAAUUUUGUUAWUUUUUUCACGGAUACAUGGACGUAUGCACUCUAAUGUAUAUUCCAUUAUAUGGGUUGUAGUAUAUGCUGUUGCUAUGACACUUUAAUUGCUAUAGCAACAAGUUGGUCGUGACUGCUAGGGAACAAAGCUUGCCAUGCUGCAUGGUGUAGCAGUUUGAUAUAGAGUCGGUUGCACGACUUUAGAAUAGCAAGCCUUUUCAUAGUUUAAGAAUCGAUUCCACUGCGCAUGCGAUUUU